GACGCUCGAUCGCGAACCGAUAUUUCGCAGUUUGCAACCGAAUGCGCGAACACCGUGAGUUAUUAACGAUGAUCGUCUCCGAGAAUAUAAGCAGGCCUCUGGCUUCCCUUGUUCUUUUCGCGGUCUUCUGUUACGCGCUCGACCAACGUUUCGAUCCGGCGAUUCCUUGCAGCGAUUCCCAAGGCUGCAUUGUUUCGUACAACUCUAUGAAAAACGCCUCGUGUAGAAAUGGAUUUUGCGUGUGUAAUGAUGGUACUACGAUCAAGAACUGCUCUAGCGCGGAGCUGAUGCAUCAGACCAACCGGAGCGCGGUAGCGAUUUAUCAAACUUGCAAGGUGCAGCACGAUUGCGCUUGGAAUAAUUCCUUCUGUAAUACGACGGCGAGCCGGUGUGAGUGUCUGAAGGGUUAUAUUUUGUCCAGCAGCAAGAAAUCGUGUCUUCAAAAGGCCAAAGCAAUCGACUACCCCUGCAUCGACGACACGCAGUGCCUCUCAUUCUCCCAGAACACCACCUGCCAAUCCGGCCAAUGUACCUGCCUAGUCGGAUACCACUUCGCGGAGAACGCUUGCUACAAGACGAUAGAUCUCGAGGCAGCGUGCACGGUUGACGAAGAGUGCGCUCAUGUGGAAGGUGCGGUGUGCAACGAAGACAAGAUCUGUAACUGUCCGGCCGCUACUGUUCUUAGCGAGAGCAAGGAAAAGUGUCUAACUGUCGCUAGGGAAAUUUUUCAAAACUGCACCGAGCAUGUGCAGUGCAAUGAAACGUUUGUAGACUCGCUGUGCGUUGAUGGGAAGUGUCGGUGUCGGGAGAAGUUCCAUUUUGAGGUCGGGGUGCAACAGUGUUAUGUCGAUAAAGGACUGGACGAAAUCUGCGGCAACACGUACGAGUGCUACCAAGCGAACGAAAGCGAAAACGCGACGAAAGCGGUGAGAUGCUCGCACAACAUUUGCACGUGCGCUGAAAAUUUUUCGAGGGAAGGGGAUAAAUGCGUGAGCGAAGGAACCCCAACGAUGGAAUCUCCAGCACUAUUACUCCUCGCAGCCGCCAUCUUGUUCUCCACCCGCUAAAGCAUUAAACAAAUUUCCACCGUCAGCUUCGACGCUGAAACACGACUCGAAAGCGAAAAAAAUUGAACAGUAGCGUCGGGUGUCGUCGCGAGUGUACAGGAUUACGCGCCGAGUGGCAACGUCGGCUGCAUCGAAGCGUUUAAAGACUUCCUCCGACACGCACGCGAUUACCGCGCUCGAAACGCGCUGCCAAGGCUCGCGAAAACUCUGUGCGAACAAGUACUUAAACUACGAGCGAUCGGUUUGCAAUUAAAGAUCGUUGAGCGAUCAAGUGCCAAUUCAAGGUUGUAGUUUUACUUUUUGUAACUAGAUUCGUAGAUACUCGGAAGUAUUGUUUCCCACGAAUCUCCACUCUCAGGGCCGUAUUUUUCUUUCUAGCGGAUUCGAUGAUUUUCUUUUUUUCUUUUAUGUCUUUAAGGAUUUGUUCUAUUGUUGUUUUUAAUCAACUUUCUUCAAGUA